GCUUAAUAGUAAAGCAGCAUCAAAAGAAAAAUCCACUGAUAUUCAGGAUGUUGGUUUUGAUGGUGGUGAUGGUGUGUGGAGUUUACAUAUGUUCGGUUUGUGUUAAGCAAAUCGGCGGACAGUCGAGCGUACGUCUGUUAAGUAUUCAUCAGGUGGUUGAAAAACCGUGCGUAGCAACUAAUAUCGAACCUUCAGAAACGGCUUACGUACAUUUCCCCAAACCAAAGACUUUCAAUAGGGAUGAAUGUGCGUGCAAUCCUGUAAGAAACUUUGCGAUCUUGUCUACACAGAGAUCUGGGAGUGGAUGGUUUGAGACAUUGUUGAAUAGUCAUAUGAAUAUAAGUUCCAAUGGGGAGAUAUUCUCGGUUAAGGUCCGGAGAAGUAAUAUUUCCACGAUUUUUGAAACUUUGGAUAAGAUUUAUAAUCUUGAUUGGCUUACUAGUGCGUCGAAAAACGAGUGCACCGCUGCUGUUGGAUUGAAAUGGAUGCUUAACCAGGGCUUAGUGCAGCAUCAUGAAGAAAUAGUCGAAUACUUCAAUGCGAAAGGAGUUUCUGCAAUUUUUCUCUUCAGAAGGAAUCUUUUACGCCGCAUGAUUUCAAUACUAGCAAACUCUUAUGACCAAAACGCCAAGCUAGUAAACGGAACUCACAAAUCCCAUGUCCACUCUCCUCAUGAGGCUGAGGUUCUAGCUAGUUACAAGCCGACUAUAAACACGACUUUGCUUAUCCCCAAUCUGAAACAAGUGGAAGAUAUGGUUAACAAAUCAUUGGAAUAUUUCAAGAGCACGCGCCAUAUUAUCCUCUACUACGAGGAUGUAAUAAAGAAUCGAACUAAAUUGGUAGAUGUUCAAGAUUUUCUGAAGGUUCCGAGACAAGAGCUAAAGAGUCGUCAGGUGAAGAUACACAAAGGAUCUUUAUCUUCACAGGUCGAAAACUGGGCAGACAUAAAGAAGACACUCAAGGGAACACAUUACCGGAGUUUUCUAGACGACAAAGACUACAGGUUGUGAAAUGUGCAUAUAUAGUUUCUUUAGAUUUGCUUUUGUUUUAUUCAUUAAAUUAAUUCUUUCAACUGCAAAUUAAAAGCUUAGUGAAAUUUUGAUGGGGUUACUUUUAGAAGACAGUUUGAAGAGAAUUUAAAGAUUUGUUUCUUUUUUUUA